AAUUCGAAGGACUACAAUUGAUUUCACUAAAAAUAUUUCAUUAAAUUUGUUUUCAUAGCCUUAAUUAUGUGUUUAAAUUAUUUUUUUCAUUGAUAAAGCAAAUAAAUAAAAAAGUAAGUCUUCAUUUUAUUUUUGUUAAUAAAUCAUAGUUUGUACUGUUAUUAUAAUUUCAUAUAAAGAAUCACACUUCAAUAAAAAAGACAACGGUACUUGUUACGUUUUUAAAUUAGUUAUAAUAUAAUGUAGAAAUCUCUAGAAUAUUAGAGAUAACAUAUAACUUUAUCUUAACAAGUUUUAUCGUAGUAUUGUAGUAUCGUUUUAUCAAGUAGUAUCGUAUAUUAUUAACAAACGUUUGAUCGUAAAGUUCUGAAACAAAAAACAACAAGUUUUUUGACUGUCGAAAUGGAGAGUUACGAAAUUUUGAAGAUAAGAAGAAGGCAUCGAUGGUGUCGUCAUGUCGUGACUGAUACGAUACAUGUCGUAUUUGCACAACUGAAUGUAGAUAUUGGGAAACUGAGAAUUUCAAUACGCUAACUAGUGACAGAAAAUUAAUCUGCUGAGACAGUUACAAAAAUUUACGUAAUAGAAUUUUCUCUUGGGAAAGAUAAAAGUAAAAUAUAUUGCUAUAUGCAAAGAAAAAAUGUGAUUAUAGCGGGAGAGGCAGUAUACAUGACCUCGUGACUUCAUACUCAUACCACUGUAGACUGUAGACGUACAGAUUGUAGAUAAACGGAGGUGGGGGACAAAUAAUGGAACAGAAUUCAUCAAUGAAUGAAAUUCAUGUUAAACAGGGGGAGUUUCCUGAUAUAAACUUUGUACGAAGUAGAUAUUAUGGUAGAUAAUUAUGUAAGAAAUGAUUUUGUACUUCUGCUUUAUUUAUUAAAAAGAUAAAGUAAUGUGGGAUAAACUUAUCAAACGUUAUGUUUGUGUAGCAAGUUAUGAGGCUGCUAUACAAGCAUUACAUGGUUUACAAAGCAAUAGUAAUUAUUUAAAAUUAGUGACAAAAGAUAGUUCACAAGCAAAUGCUGUUCGUAACUUGCCUGAUACAAAGAAAUAUUUAAUCCGGUCUGGUAUUACGCUUGAAAAAUUAGAUACUUUGUCAGUUAUACAUAUAGCAGGUACAAAAGGAAAGGGUUCCACUUGCGCAUAUACAGAAGCUAUUUUACGUGAACAUGGUUUUAAAACAGGAUUCUUUAGUUCUCCACAUUUAGUUAAUGCAAGAGAACGUAUAAGAAUAAGUGGGCAACCAAUAAGCAAAAUACAGUUUACUCAGAACUUUUGGAAAAUAUAUAAGAAACUGGAAGAUACAAAAGAACAUGAAUCUGAUAUGCCUACAUAUUUUAAAUUUCUGACAAUUCUCAUGUUUAAUACAUUUUUAGAUGAACAUGUUGAUGUUGCUAUAAUUGAAGUUGGAAUUGGAGGUUUAUAUGAUUGUACAAAUAUUAUAAGAAAUCCUGUAUGUGUAGGCAUAACUAGUUUAGGAUUAGAUCAUACUUCUUUACUGGGAAAUACUGUUGAAGACAUAGCUUAUCAAAAAUCUGGAAUUUUUAAAUCAGGAACUGUUGCUUUUUCUGUUCCACAAUUAUCUCAAGCAAUGCGUAUAUUGGAAGAACGAGCAAUUGAAAGAAAUUGUAAGUUACGUGUUAUUCCAUCUUUUGAUGAAUAUAAGUGGGAAAAUCUUUCACCUAUUUUACAAAUAAAAAAUAAAGUUCAGCAACAAAAUGCAUCUAUAGCUAUUCAGAUGGCUACUGAAUGGCUACUGACUAGGAAUAAAGUUGCAUCUGUAUCUAUGGACAAGAUCGCAAUAGCAUUGACCUCUUGUAAAUGGCCAGGUCGAAUGCAAAUUUUAAGAAGUAGUAUUGGCGAUUUUUUUUUAGAUGGUGCACAUACCAUUGAAAGUAUUGAGUGCUGUAUUUCAUGGUUCAAUGAUACAAGUAGUGGAAGUAAAGGAAAAAAGGUUCUAAUUUUUAAUACAUCUGGUACUCGAGAUCCAAUACAACUAUUAAUACCAUUAAGAUCUUUACAUUUUUAUAAAGCAUACUUUGUACCAAAUCUUGUAGGAAUUAAAAGUUUAGACAAUGAAAUGAAUAGCUCAUCGACAGAUGAACAAAAAAUAAAAUGUGAAAUAAAUUCUAAAAUAUGGGGAAUGAAUUCAGUAGUUGCAAAUAAUGUUCUUGAAGUUUUAGAAGAUAUAAAAAAGAACUUGGUACAAAAAAAUAAUUGUGAAAGGUAUCAAAUACUUGUUACAGGAUCCUUACAUUUAAUAGGUGCAGUUCUUGCUAUUUUAGAUCCGAAUUUGACAAUGAAUACAGAAUUUUAAUAUGUAUUUUAAAAAUUUGGGAUUAUAUGAUAUAUUUACGAAAUAUAUAAUAAUGUUUUUAAAAAAGAAAAAAUGUAAAGAACAUUCUUUUUAUAUAAACAAUAGAAUUAUGUAUUUAAUAACUAUAUUAACAACUGUAUCAAUCCAUAAUAACACAGUAAUGAGAUAUUGCAUUGUUAUUCUGAUGAUAAUCGUAAAAUACUUAUUGAUACUUUUUCUUAACAAUUCUUUUGUACUUCAGUAUAAAUAUAUUUUUCACAAAACUAUAA